UUUAAUAGUUAAAUAGUGUCUGAGAAUAAAAGUUAUAUUUUAAGCAAUUAAGAUAAUAAAGAAAUUGUAAUGCAUUGGCAGUGUCUUUUUGACAUUAUUCAAAGAAAUACUGAUGCCGAUCUAUUCUCACGACAUACCUGGAACUAUGAGAAUGAAUGUUUCAAAAUUACUUUUACGUAACCUUGCAUUAAAUGUUAAUCACAAUUACAAUCUAGAAAAAAGUGAUAUUGCUGAUAUAAAUGAUACCAUGCAAUAUUUAGAGAAAAAUGUAAAUAUGAGUAACACUGAUUAUAGCCAUGAUGAAACUGUUAAACAAGUUGCUAUAACAACAGCGAAAGUGCGAAGGUUACCUUAUCCUGACCAUAAUUAUGGCCAACAACCUCCGUUAACACCCCCUUCUGAUGACCAAAGAAUUGAAAGUACUAGAACUAAAGUUAGAGAUGAACAAGAAGGAACCACAAACUGUAUAUGUGGCUUUGAUCACACUGAUGAAUACAUGAUUUGUUGUGAUAAUUGUGGAUGUUGGGAACACAUUGUAUGUAUUGGUAUCAGUGUUGUUCCAGAUAAAUAUCAUUGUCAUAAAUGUAAUCCAAGGGAAUUUGAAAUUGAAAAAGCAAAAGCUAUACAGGAAGCAAAAAGAAAAAAUAUGUCAAUCAAUGUAGAACUUGAUGAAGGCGAUGAGAGUGUUGAAGAAAAUAAGACUCAUUACACUGCUAUUUCAAAUACUCCAACUAGAAUAACGUUCUUAAGUAAUUCUCAAAGCAAAAGUAAAAAAAAGAAUACUUCAAAAGUUCAGAAACGUAAACUCUCAGAAAGUAUUUCAUCUCGGAAAAAAACAAAGAGGAAACUUGAAACUUCAGGCAUUGAAGCAAGUAUUCCAACUGACAGAACUGCAUUUUUGAAGUACAUGAGCGACCAUUUGAAAUAUGAGCAUAUACAUUCCAAUAUAUACCAUGAAGAUAUAACAAAUGCUAGUUUUAAUUGGCCAGAGACAUGUCAUAUCGAUUUGAAAAAUGCAGUAGUUACAUGUUCACUUCGUAACAUAGAUUCUAAUCAAAAAGGUCUGUUUGCUUCUUGUGAAGUCAGUUCUGGAAGCUUUUUGAUUGAAUAUAAAGGGCAUCUUAUGUUUUUUAAGAAGUUCAAUGAAGAAUAUCCUCAACUAUAUUACUGGUGUCCAUUUGUUAUUACAUACCAUAGCAUAGAGCAUUUAGAAUUAGUUAUUGAUUCAAGAAAAUUUGGAAAUGAAGCACGAUUUGUGAGAAGAUCUUGUUCUCCUAAUGCAAAGUUUCAACAUCUUAGUAUAAAUGGAUUUAUACACAUUGUAAUCACAAGUAUAACAAAUAUUUCUAAAGACCAAGAAAUCACUGUUCCUCUAGAUAGCAGUUCGGAAAGCAACAAAUAUUUUGUAGACUGCUGUUGCGGGUCAAAAGAUUGCGUUUUAAAUAAGAACAAAGAGAUCACUGAAAAGCAAGCUGAUGUUGAAUCCCCGAUCGAAAAUGAUGCUUUAUCAUCAGAAUUUGUUUCAAAAAUUGAUUCUGAAACUGCUGAUGCUGAUAGCGAACAAUAUGGGGAAGGUAAUGAAAAACAAUUAUCCAGAGAAGAUAAAAAAAUACAAGCUGCUUUAAAACAUUUUGAAAAUAUGAAUAAAAAAAGUGCUACUACUAAGAAGGUUAAAGAACCUAAAACUUCUGUAUCAAAAAAUCAAUUAAAUGCAGAAGAAUCACUGAAGUCAUCCAAAAAAUCAACUGGUAAACGCAAGCCCACAACAGUUGGAAAGCGUCGAACACGACAAUCAAGUUGUUCAUCUGAACCAAUUUCCCCUGUAGAUCCUAACGCAAGCUGUAGUGGUUCAUCUACACCUAAUGCAUCAUGGUCUUUAACUAAUGUUCAAAACCAUUUUGACCAAGGAUCCCAUAUUAAAAAAGACAAGGAAACUUUACCAUUUUCUCUUGUGAUGUUGCAUAAGCAAAAGCACCAACAAUCCGAUAGCUCAACACCUCCUAACACACCAUUAAUACACCUUAGUCCUUGUAAAUUCAGUGAAAUUUCAUCACUUCCUCUUUCAGUUGAUACUCGAUCUCAUUGUGAUGGUUUACCUAUGAAGCCAGGACUUUCUAAUGGUUUGUUGCAAAUAGCUAACUCUCAUAGCUUACCUCUCACACCAAAUAGAAGUUAUUUGCAAUCUUUUGGAUCUGUUACUGCUGAAGAAAAAAUUGGUGAUUUCUCUUCACGAGAUGAUUUUUCUUCUAAGUUGGAUUCCCCUAUCUUACCAAAUAAAAGAUCUUUAUGGACAAAUAAGUACUAUGGAUCUUUAAAAAAGCAUUGGUUAAACAAUCGUGCUUCUUUUCUGAAAAUAACGCAUCAAAAUGAGAGUGUUAAAGAGAGUUUCUUGCAAUUUUCUUCUAUAAAUGAUGAUAAUAUUCAAAAUGCAAAUCAAUGUUUCAAAAAACCUCAAAGUUACAUUCCUCUCAAACAGCGUCUUCUUUCCAAAUCCUUAAAUAAGCAAUUUUCUGAAGUUGCAAAUGUAGCUUGUACAGAUGAAAAUUUGAAAACUUCUGAAGUUGCAAAUGUAGCUUGUACAGAUGAAAAUUUGAAAACCGAAAAACCAAAGACUAAUGAAACUAUUGUUUUAACAGAAACAAAUAACUCUAAUAUUCAUAGUGCUAUAAGAGAAAUUUCCACUGGGAUUAACUCUGACAAUCAGUUGUCUGUGUCAUUUAAUGAAUUAGAUUCUGUUAAUAGUGUUUAUAAUACAGAAGAAAAGCCUUUAAUCAACUCUGUAAAACUUGCAACUAAUUCUGAAACUGAACAAUUAGGAGCAGAUAAUGUUAGCUCAUCAUCUAGCUCAUUUUGUAUAGGUGAUACUCUAAAUAAAGAAUCUCAGAAUUUAAUAGUUAAUAAUUCUGAUGCACAACAUACAGCCGAUUAUAAACAUUUUAACUAUAGUUACUCGGAUACCCAAAGUAAUAUUCAAUGUGAAGAUAACACAAUAAACACAGACUUAAGAAUUGUUUUAUCAGGUGCUUAUAAUGAAAAAAGCGAUUCUAGUUAUAAUAGUGAACAGUACCAACCAGGAAUUAUUCAAAAUUCAGGAAGCUUAGAACAAACCAAUGAUUUAAUAUCCAAUAAUGGAGGCCAUGAUGGGUUAGCAAGUGGUAAAAAAAAGUUAUCAUACAAGGAAUAUAGAAAACGUCAAAGAAGCCAGAAGUUAAACAGUUUGCCAUCUGACAGAAAUUAUAAUCAAUCGUUCAAUGGGCAGGAUAUUAAAUCAACUUCUUAUAUGCCUAUUGAAACUGAAACAAAUGCAUUUUUCAACUUACAAAAUAUACCUAACUACAUAACACUGGUUUCCAGCUCAUCAUCAGAGAACACUAAAGACAUUAACAAUGAUGACUCACAAAGUAACAUUAAUGAAAUAUCCCAAAUAAAUAACUGUUCAUUAUUUGAACCUGUGAGUUCUGGAGAUGACUGUGAAAGUUCUCCACCAGAAAUAACUCACUAUGAUCAAACAAUUCAUUCUGAUAUCACAAAGAACCCAUUCAAUGUACAUAGCAAUAUUAAUAAAAAUGUAAAUAAAGGAAAUCGACAAAAUCAUGGUCUUUAUCAUUAUCCGUCUUCUCCCAAAUAUUCUCAUGGCUCGUAUGACAACGAUGACGUUGAUAAACAUUACAGAAUACACUCAGAUAAUACAAAUGAAAGAGAAGAAAAUGUUAGAAGUCAUGCUAAUAUGAUUACUUCUAGAGGUAAUCUUGAUAGCUUUCAGGAACGUUAUAAAACAUUUCACUCUUAUGGACAACCUAACUCCAGAGAUUACACGAGAGACUUUAGAGAUGGAUAUAUCAAGCAAUCUAAUUCACCUCACAACUACGGCAGUAAUCUACACAUCCAAUCAUCAGCCAAUCGUCCUCUUCAAAGAAGUUCUGCUUUAUCUCCAAUGAACAAUUUUAAUAUCCGAUCUCCGCAAAGCUCUAGAAAUAUAUCCACGUUAUCUCCACAAGGUUCUAGAAAUAGUAGGCUUUCAAAUGGAGGAUAUAUACCUUAUUAAAGUUCUAAUAGUUUUCUACAAACUUCCAACGUGUUAUGUACUCUUUUGUUAGAGUUGCUGUUGAUCAGCUUGUUUAAUUUGCCGAACCAUGAGCCGGCUCACUGACUUUAAAAUUAUCCUUAAUAAAUAUUUUGUUAAUCCUAAAUUCAAGAAAAUUUAUAAGUAAACAAA